AUGUCUGUGACCACCGGAGACGACGAGAAGUUCAGCAAAUUGUUUGUGGCCCGACUCAGCACUGAUACAACAGAAGAAUCGCUGAAGUUAUAUUUCGAGCAAUUUGGUGAAGUGGCAAAAUGUGUUAUCGUUAAAAACCCCUCCACAAAUCAGUCGAAGGGGUUUGCUUUUGUCACCUUUGCCAAACCAGAGUCAUUGAACCAGGCUCAGAAGGCUCGGCCUCAUACCAUUGAUAAUCGGACCGUGGAUUGCAAAAGAGCCAUUCCCCAAGACGAGGCCCCCGAGAAUAAAAUUACCGUCAAUAAAAUGUUUGUGGGCGGCAUGAGCGAAGACACCACAGAGGAACAAAUUGUGGAGAAAUUUUCACCUUACGGUAAUAUUGAGAAGAUCGAUUUAAUCAAGGAUAAAAGCACGGGCAAAUACAAGCGUUUCUGCUUCGUUACUUUUAAUGACCAUGAUAGUGUGGAUCAAUGUGUCAUUCACAAACACUUCAACCUGGCUGGAAAAAAGGUAGAAGUGAAGAAAGCUGUCUCUAAGGAUGAGCUUCUGGCUGCUGCAAACCGUGGAAUCACUCCUUACGCCCCCCAGGGCACUCGUAUGCCCACUCCCACAUCAUAUGGACGUGGUGUUUAUUCUGGUUCGAGCUAUGGUUACGGAGAUGGAAGCAGUGGAUGGUACCAAGGGUUCGGUCCAGGAGGUAAUAAUAGAAUUUAUUCGGACGACGGAUUCGGCAAUAGUUUUAAUUCUCCAUACGGAGAAGCCUAUGGUGGGGGUCCGACACGCGGCCGUGGUAUUUAUACCCCACGUGGAGCCGGCCCUUAUGGUGGAACUUAUGGUAGUCAAUGGUAA